AUGAUUAACACGAAAUUAAAAAAUCCAAAAUCGAUGACUACCCUAGUAAAUUUAUAUUUAAAAAACAUUCAUAACCCAUAGGAGCUAAAAGAUUUAAUUAAUUAAUUAUUGAGUGAUGCUACUUUUUUGCCAAUAUAUGGACUGAGUGAUUAAUAGAAACUAGAGCAUAAAACCAUCUUUACUAAUAUUCAACUCGGGAAUAACUAGAACUUAGGGUAACUUAUGAACCUAAUUUAGCACUAUACUUGGAAUGACAGUUUUAGGAGUCAUUGGAUUCUUGGCACUUGGAUUUACUUUUUUAGGUGCAAUAGGUGGAGGGGCUAUAGGGAUUAUUUUGGGUCGGUAUUUGGGAAGAAAAAUCUCAAAAAAAAUAGCUACAAAAGGGAUAAAUUUAACCGAAUUUGAUAUAUUUAUUAUCAGAGUAUAAUGCUUAAUAAAAUGGGUAAAUUUUAGAUUUAAAACUUAGGGGAAAUUGAUUAUGAUCAAAUAUACAAACAAUAUAAAUUUACAAAGGUUUUGCAUUCAAAGAAUUUUAACUGAAAUCAAACCUCUAUUGCAUUAUAAGUAUUUUGAUGAGAAAUUUCAAAAAGAGUCUUUGAAUUUAUUAGCUAAAAUCAGGGAAUGGCUGGCUAAAGAAUAAUCUAUAUAUGCUUUGUGUCUUAGUUAUAAAUUAACCAAGGAAUAUAUUUAGAUAAUUGAAUAAAAAAUCAUUUAUUCAAAAUUUAGUAAUCAUGAAGUAAAUACUUAUAAUCAUAGUUUAUUUUUUAGAUUUCAUAUGUUUUAAAUGAAACCGUUUCUGAUGUUUUAAUCCCUUUUUUAACAUUAUUUUAACAUUCAAAACAAUUUGAAAAAAAUGAAGUAAUCCAAUUGUUGAUCAAAAAAAUCAAAAAAUUAUAAGUAAAUAAAAUAGUACUCAAAUGCUAACAAAGUUAUUUUGAUUAAUAACUUUCAAUUGAAUUUAUCAAAAUGUUUGCUGCCAAACUCAAUUAAAAAGUUAAGAUUGAAGAUUUGGAAAAGUUCUUAUAAAUACAAAAUUAUAGAUAAUAAUAAUAAAAUAGAGAGUAAAAUUCACCAACGAAAAGUCAAUAAAGAAGGAAAAGUUAAGGAGAUAUGGUAUCCAUAAAUGAAGAAGUAGAUGAAGAAUUUCAAGCUCAGGUGCCGUUAAUCAUGAAAAAUUAAGUGAGAGCAAGGGCAAAAUCAUACGAUGAUAAAAAUGAUCAGCAGUAAUCUUAAUUAGUAAUACAAUAAAAUUAAUAAUAAUAGUAAUAGUAAUAAUAAAUUAUAUAAUCAUCUGAUUAAAUUGUUUUUGAAAAUACAGAAAAAAGAGGAUCUUAAUGUAUUCCAGAAAACUUGAUUUAAUAAAGCCAAUUGCAAUAGAUUUUACACUUGCAGAUGGAACAUUCUUAACAACACUCAUAAAUUCAUAGAAUUUCAUAAUUAGCCUAAGAUAAUUAAAUCAAUUCAGACAGAAACUAUUAACUCUCAGCUGAGUUGGAAGAAAAGUUUAAACUAUUAGUUGAUCUUAUAGAAGAACCUAUAGACGGAUGGGAAAUCAUAUUAAAAAAAGAAAAUUUAAUCAUUUACAAAACUUUCAAACCUGGAAAUCCAGCUGUUUUUGUUAAAGGUCACAGUGAUUUAAUAGGAAUUUCAAUAGAUGUCUUAUUGAAGGCUAUACAUAACGAAAAGUACAGACAAAAAUGGGAUAAAAUUUUAUUGAGUUUUUAAGUGUUAGAAAGAGAAUCUGCUAUUGUAGAUAUCAUUUAUUACUAUGUUAAAAGUCCACCUUGUGUGGAUAAUAGAGAGUUUUGUUAGAAAAGAAUUUUGAAAUACGAUUUUCCAAAACCAGGACAAACAUGUCUAUUAUAUUUUAGCGUUGAACAUUGUAAGGCCCCUAAAUUCAAAGGGCAUAUAAGGGCUGAAACAUUAAUUUCUGGCUACAUUUUAGAAACUAUACCUGGUGGAAGCCGACUAUAUUUUUGUUCUAACAAUGACGUUAAAGGAGAUAUUCCAAAGGUAACUUAUAUUUCUCUAAGAAUAGAGCUUAGUUAACUAUGUUGCUUCUAGAGCUCCUAUAAGUUGGAUUAAUUCACUAAGAAAAGGAUGUGAAGAUUACAAUAAGAUUAUGUAACAAAUUUAAUAAUGAAUAAUUGAGAGUAG